CAUUUUGACUAUUACGGAUGGCGGCAACAGCCAGCCGGAGCCGCCAGGCGCUUGGGACAGCAGCUGCCUGUUCUUCGAUUCGCAAACCAGAAUUGAGGAUGCAGUGCGGCUUAUCAGCAUGGUGACACCGCCCAUGAAUAUGUUUGCCCUCGCAAUAAGCUUUCGAAUCGACAUUUUUCCAAAGGUUCAACUCUCUGAAAUUCGCCAGAAUACAACUACGCCGGGCCUGGAACGCGUGGGAGGCAGCAGUAAUCACAUAAUUCAAGACUUUAAAGAUAUGAACAAGACGAAUAUGAAACUCCAGCAGCUGAACCUCGUUGCCACCCACGUAGUUGGAUGGCUGGCUCAUAACCUCACGUUUAACCUCGCCCUGCAUGAAUGCGGGGGCGCAGCAAACCGGCUCCACAAGAUGCGUGAAAUGAUAGGCUGACGGCACAGCGGCUUCUCAUGGUCGAUGGAUGGUGCAGCCAUAGUGCUCCUUUUCAAGCUGCAAAUUGUGACAAGACACGCUGAAAUAGAUGACGCAUCAUCUCGCCAACGAGAUAAUCUUGUACGCGGCAACGCGGUAGAGGACAAAAAAAAGACUAUUACAAGUACGAUAUAAAGAUGCAUAAUUCGG